GUCAACGGACGAGUCGCUCAAGUUGAUUGUGAGCUAACUUCCUCGGUCAGCCAGGCUUCAUCCUGGUGGCAGCAUCGUACGAUAGGCGGCUUCACAUUCGCAAUGGUUCGGUUGAGUGUGGCGUGGGGGCUUUGGUGGUUUGGAUGCCCAAGCAAAAACUGGCCGCCGUAUCGAUCGCUUGUGCCAAUGGACCUGCCAAACAAAAACACACGAAAGCGAUUGUCAGAUUCUCGCUUCCGAAAUUGCACUCGCCGUAAAGAACAGCUACAAUGGUCUACCGUCGUUAAUCUUCUGCGCCGCCACAACAGGUCACAGAGAUAG